AUGUCGUCUUCUAGUCUACGAGGUGGUAGUCAUAACCAAUCUCGAUAUUCCAAUAGAGACGACUAUCUGGAACAUGGCAAGCAUCUAUCCCAGUCGCAGCGGAAGGAUUUUUUCUCUUCGAAUUCAUCUGCAAAUCAAGGUGCUUCAUCUUUAGGCACAGGAGCACCCUCGGCGUCAACAGGAGGAGUAGAUGGUGUAGGAGCACCUGUAUCUGCAUCAUCCUCGCGAGCAUCUAAUCUACCAAAUUUGACACGACGAGAUUUCAAGAGUAAUGGACCUGGUUCAUCUUCAUUAACUCAUCUGAAAGACCCACCAAAUUACUCAUCACCAUCAUCCAAUCCACGAUCAAACGCAUCGUCUAGUGGCUCAUAUACAUCCAAUUACUAUUCCAAUUCAAAUGCAUAUGGCGGUUACGACCAUUAUCGCAGUGAUAAUCGUAGAAAAGGUGGUGACUCGCGACUAUCGUUUGGCAACUAUAACAAAUCCAAAUCUUUAACGAACCUGGUACCACAUACAUCGUCAACAGUAUCAACAGCAAAUGCGCCGACUUCUUCUUCUUCUUCUUCUUUUUCUCCGUCAUCAUCAUCAUCAUCAUCAUCUGCUGCUGCUGCUGCCGUUGCUGCCCAACUGGGGUCCUUGCCAAAUCGAAACGGUGAGUACAAACGAGAAAGGUAUGACUCAUAUAAGUCCGACCUGAACACUGUACCAAGAUGGAAAUCAGGCCGAUCAAAUACAGCUAGAUUCUCGGCAAAAGACCGACGAAACGGGAGACAUUUAUCAUCUUCAACCGCUUCAUCAUCCACACCAAUAUCCACAGGGAAUGGUAAUCUGUAUAUUAAAAACAGCAACAGUGUACCUUUAGGACACGCAAUAGAUGUCGCUACAGAAGGAAGCUCCUAUCGGUCGGGAAAUGGUCUGAAACUGAACUCGUAUUAUCCGCAUUCAAGACAAUAUGGAUCUGGAUCAUCGUAUUACUCAAGCACGAAGCAAGAUCGAGGUCAUUAUGCUUCUAAACAACGAUUUCAUUACGGAAGUAAAGAGCAUUUCAGAAAUACAGACUAUCGAAGACAUUUCAAUAGAGAUAAUGAAAAUGAUGAAGACCGUGAGAAACAAGUAUUGAAAGAAAGGGAAGAUGAUGAUGAACAGAAAGAAGAAGAAGAAGGGGAGGAGGAGGAAGAUGAUGAAGAAGAAGAUGAAGAGGAGGAGGAAGAAGUGGAAGAAGUUGAAAUUGAAGAAGAGGAAGAACCAGAGCAGAAACUCAAAGUGACUGGAGAUGAACAGGGCGAAGAUAGAACCACUCCCGAAGUAGAGGUUGAGGAAUACGACCAAACUCAGGACGGCGACAAUGAAAUAACAGAGGAGGAACAAGAACAAGAACAAGAACUUGAAAAUGAACAAGAACAAGAGAACGAGAAAAAGUUAGAUGCAAAGGAAUUGGAACAAGAAAACCCAGAGAACAAGAUAGAUUCAAACUCCGAGCAACGGAAAGUGCUAUCCGAAUUAUUGCCAACCACAAUUGGAACGCCAUCUAUUAAAAAAGAACUUGUGAGCAGUAAAGAAACGACACUGGGGUUGGGAACUAUCUCACGAUUAUCCGAAUCCAAAGAUGUUCAAAAACAUCUUAAUGUGUUACCAACCGAUACUGAUCCUUCAAAACAAACGGGAGCAGAAUAUCCAUUACCUGCACUUGAAGAUGCAUUUGAAAAAUUAAAACGAGGAUUUGAGUCUGCUGUGGAAAAAGAGGGAAAGCUCAAUAUCGGUUUGAAAUAUUCUAUGGCCAAACCAAUUACUAACUUUAGUGAAUACUCCACUUUUAACGCUAAUUACCUUUCUUUUAUUAAUGAAAAGAGAGAAGUGGUUGUUACCAAUUUGUACAACAAACUGUCUCAUUUAAAAAGAAAAACAUUAAAAUUGUGGACAGAGUACAAUCAUGACAUGAAAGUGCAUGAAAUUGAAAGAGAGAAAAUGGAUCAGCAGUUGCGCAUCCUCCAUCCACCGGAUGACGAAAGUAGGAAAGAAAUUGAUUCAAGUGACUUGAAAAAACAAAUGCAGCCAUCUGCUGUUGGAGCAGUGGUCAAUGGUUCAGCAACACACACAAACAACGGGUCACCUGUCAAUUUUCCACUGGAUGGCCCAGUGUAUACCAGUAGAAGAAGUAGCAGGAGACAUGGGGAUUUGGUGACUACUGAGGCAGAAUUUCAAGAAAUAUUAUUAAGUCUUGGAAAAGAAGAAGAUUUAGAUCCUUUGACCAAAGCUCAAAAAGUUGCUGCUGAUAUACCUGAUAUGAUCUUAGAUCCGAUUGCACGAAAUAAUUUCAAGUUUAUGGACUCCAAUAACAUUGUGCACAACAAAGUACAAUGGACCCAAAGAGUUAAAUCCGAUUUCAACAAUACAUUCUCGGAAAGGGAGCACGAACUAUUUAGUGAAGGGUUUUGCUUAUAUCCAAAACGUUUUGGAGCUAUUUCGAGGCAUAUGGGAGGUCUUCGUUCGGCAUCUGAUUGUGUUGUGCAUUACUAUAUGACAAAAAAGGCCAUCAAUUACAAACAAUUGUUGGCUCAAUACAAGAAAAAGGCCAAUAGGAAAGGUAGACGUGUCAAAAGUGUUACCCGAAAAGUCGCACAAGACAAGGACAAAGAAAAGGGGAGGGGAGUGGAGCAGGAUCAGAGUAUCAGCAAGGAAGAAAAAGAAAUAACUUUACAACCAAUUGUCUUGGACACCGUUGUAAAUCAAGAAAAGGAAUCUUUGACUCCAUCUGGACUGGAAAGUACUCCACAAGCUGAAAUAUCCAGCGUUGCCACGGUUUCAUCACAACUUGAGAAUAAAAAGGAAGAAAUUUCCACUGGAGGCGCUCGCAAAAAACGUGCCGCACCUCCAACUUCUGAAGGAAAACAAAGGGAGAAGGAAAAGAAAAAAUCAAAACGUGAAUUGGCUCCCAAAGUAGAAAAUGUUGCAGAGGGGCUUCCUGACCAAUCACAACUGCAAUUCGCAGCACAGUAUCAGCAACUGCAAUUGUCUCAUCAAGAAUAUCUUCAAAUGCAGCAACAACCGCAACAACACCAACCGGUGCAUAAAGAGCACAGUGUUUCAAAUUUUGAAGUCCCUGCAGUUCAUCAAAAUGCUUUCCACAAUACUUACGCAGCAGAAGUGAAACCGGGCCUUGUUAGCAACGCGGAAAAUGGAACUUCUUAUCUACCCCAACUGCAAGCAUCUUUUUCGGUAUCCACAGGAAAUGAUGAUGUGAAGGAAAAGAAGAAAGCAAUAUCCAGUUAUUGGAGUAUAACCGAGGCUAAUGCCUUUCCUGUUUUAUUGCAGGAAUGCGGAACAAAAUGGACUAUGAUUGCGGACAAGUUGGGAACAAAAUCAGCAACAAUGGUUCGUAAUUAUUUCCAGCGGAAUGCUGAAAAGAAUAAUUGGAUACCGAUAGCGGAAGAGGCCGAUGCGAAGAUGAAUUCGAAAAGUAAACAAACUUCGAAAGCAUCGAAAACAUCAAAAACAGCGAGAACAGCAAGAGCAACAGCCAUAGCACCGUCAUCCUCUUCCUCGUCAACAACAACAACAACUACAACAACCACAACAGGUAUGCCUAUGAAUACUAGCUAUGAUAAGAAUACAGGCACUUCGAUUGGUAAUGCUGUUACAUCCGCUUCAACACUAGCUUCCACGUAUCAAGCACCUGCUCAGCAUUAUAUCCCAAUUGGCACUUUUCACAAUCCAUUACCAUCAUUUCAAAACCGAAUUCCGAACUAUUCUCCAUCUGCAUAUGAAGCUACAAAUCAGUCUCAUGAUCAACCUUAUUACCAACAACUGCAAUCACUGCAACCACUGCAAUCACAACCACAACAACAACAACAACAACAACAGCAGCAGCAGCAAUCACAACAACAAUAUUAUAGUCCACGAAUGGCUAACAUAUUAGCCAAUGAACCUGUACGUGCAUACCAGAGUAUCCAAGCAGAACCUCCAAGACCGCACUUACAACCAACCACAUCGGCUCCAGUACAUAGGAGUUCAAUCAUGAGUCUACUUAAUUCUGAUAGUCCCGUACGAAAAGAGCCUGUUUUCCAACCAUUGCAACAACAGAUCAAUCGGGCAAAGACCAACUUGACAGACCUUUUAAAUGCCCCUAGUGAACCAAAGUCAAGCAAUCAAAGCCAAGUGUACCCACAACAUAGUCAGCUCCAAAACCCAAACUCAAAUUCAAAUCCAAAUCCAAACCCGAAACCCAACCAGAACCAAAAUCCAACUCAGAAUUCGCAGCCUAUUAAGCGCGGAGGAAUAGCAAGUCUACUCUCUGCUGAUCCACCUUCAUAG